UAUUUUCCAGUCGGACUGUAUGUACUGUAUGUAUGUGGCUGAACACAAAGUGACUGCUGGAUAUGGCAGCUCUCUGGGCUCUCGCCAUCCUGCUGCUCUGUGCUGCGAACAUCGCUUUGGCUAAAUUCUGGACCCAACCACCUGCACAGUGUUUUUACACUGUGACAUCCAUCCCCUUUGGCCUCCGGAUUGACAUGAGAUUGAACUCUACUGCUGGUAACUACAGAAUAAAUCUCAUUGAAGAAGGCAGACUAAAGACUGAAACCUUCAACCUUCAGUCCUUGAAUCCAAACCCAGCACAUGAAAUCAAACACCUGAAGCCCUGCACCAAAUAUCAGUAUGAAGUUGCAUUUAUCAACAAUGAUGGCAGUGAAACCUUCUGUAACCACACUGAAGAUAAAAACGGAACAACUGAUCCAAUGAUUCCAACUGUAACAACAGAAGAAAUGCGUAAAGGUGACAUUAAAGAUGGCGGCUCCACUCCUGGAUUUAUUUCUUUCCAAAGUGAUUGGAACAUCAGCUCCUCUCUAUCAACACCAAAUAAACCUCUGCAAUGCAUCAAUAAAAGCUGCCAUCUCAAACUGGAUUUUGAGGACAUUUGCUCAGAUUUUACAGCAACCUUCACUUCAGGAAACUGUGGGAACUCCUCUAUUAAUGUCACCAAAAGCAUCACUGUUGAUUUCUUAGAUCCAAGUGAAAUAAAACCGAUUGUUUCCACUGGACUUCCUGCAACUAUCGAACCAAUGCUACCUUCAAAAUGCAAAAAUCUCUCCGUUGAUUACACCUGUUCAGAAAAUGGAAACGUCAAUGAUUCCAAGGAACCGUCUGACCUGGAGCCUUUCACAGACUACAACUGUACUGGUCUGAUUAAAGACAACAACGUCUCCUUAGAUAAAAGAACUCCACCGAUCCACGUCAGGAUCGACUGUCGUUUCACAUUAGACAUCACAAAUAGAAAGAUAACCAACACUUCCAUUGAGCUGACCUGGACAACAACCAGUGAUAACUGCCAAAAGGCCCUUCCUGGACUUCAGAAGCUUUCUUAUAACUGCAGCUGUGGGACGCAUAAAAGUACAAUUACUACAGGCAAACUGAUGCCCCGUCCUGAUGGAGGUAAAUGUAGCUUUACUGGACUCUCACCGUACACUGAACACACCUGUGACAUUGAUCCCACCUACAAAAAGGACAGAGUUGAGCACCGACGAAGAGUUUACCAAAGAACUGAUGCUGGAACACCAGAAGAUAUUAAACAUGUGACCGUGACUCUCCCAGAGAAUAAUGUGAUUACAGUAAGCUGUGACUAUAAAGGUCAUCUUUUUGGACCUCAGAAGAUACACAGAGCACGUCUUAAUAAUGAGGAAGUACAUGAGAACAAGAAUUGUGAAUUUGAAUUCAGAGAUCUGAGCUACUCUACGAGCUACACAGUGGUGGUGACUGUUUUCAAUGGAAAGCUGGAGAGCAAACCCAAGAUUAUACACAUUUCCACCAAGUGUACGUUCUGUUUUCAUUGAUGCCACCAAACAUAA